GCGGGGGCGGGGCCAGGGGCGGGGCUGAGCGCGGCCUGGGCGGGCUGGACUCUUUUUCCCGCCCGGGGGACCUCCUCCCGACCGCCGGGACGUAAAAGGGGCUCGGCAGGGGCGUCCUCGCUCUACGCCUGGAAUCCUAUUUCCCGCUGCUUCCGCGGGGCGUCCCGGGUCCCGCCAGCGUCGGGAGCCCCGCCGGCCUGGCCUAGGCGGGACCUUCGUCACGCCAGCCCCCGUCCCCGCCCCCGCGCCUCUGGUUGGCUUGCUUUCCAACCGGACUUUGGGGCUAGCGUUUAGAAAAGUCUCGACCUCCUCCGGCCCAGUCCCAUUCCGAGAACUGACUGAGGCUGUGAGUGUCCAGGAACCACAGCCGCUUGGAGGCCACAGCCUCGACGUCCCGCGCCCACGCGGCAGAGCGGGCUCUGCGGCCCAGGAGCCUCGGGGAGAUGCGGAGCAGGAGCAAUUCCGGGGUCCGCUUGGACGGGUACGCGCGGCUGGUGCAGCAAACCAUCCUGUGUUACCAGAAUCCCGUCACGGGGCUGCUGUCAGCCAGCCAUGAGCAGAAGGAUGCCUGGGUGCGGGAUAACAUCUACAGUAUCCUGGCCGUGUGGGGCCUGGGCAUGGCCUACCGCAAGAAUGCAGACCGCGAUGAGGACAAGGCUAAGGCCUACGAGCUGGAGCAGAAUGUGGUGAAGCUGAUGCGAGGUCUUCUCCAGUGCAUGAUGAGACAGGUGGCCAAAGUGGAGAAGUUCAAACACACUCAGAGCACCAAGGACAGCCUGCAUGCCAAGUAUAACACCGCCACCUGUGGCACAGUGGUGGGCGAUGACCAGUGGGGCCACCUCCAGGUGGAUGCCACCUCUCUCUUCCUCCUGUUCCUGGCCCAGAUGACUGCCUCAGGCUUACGUAUCAUUUUCACCCUCGACGAGGUGGCCUUCAUACAGAAUCUUGUCUUUUACAUAGAAGCUGCAUAUAAAGUCGCUGAUUAUGGAAUGUGGGAGCGUGGAGAUAAGACUAAUCAGGGCAUCCCGGAGUUGAACGCAAGCUCCGUAGGAAUGGCCAAGGUAACAGUUGCCCUGCUUGUUCUUCCUUCUGCACGUUUUUACUGCUUUGAUUCUGUUUCCUUCAUCAGGAGUUUGGAUUUAUUGUUUUUCAUUCAGUCAAUUCUGUUCUCCAUGCUGCCAAGAGCAUCAACAUCUAAAGAGAUUGAUGCUGGACUUCUUUCCAUUAUUUCCUUUCCGGCCUUUGCAGUAGAAGAUGUAAACCUUGUGAAUGUGACCAAAAAUGAAAUUAUUUCUAAGCUCCAGGGGCGUUAUGGAUGCUGUCGCUUCCUUCGAGAUGGUUAUAAAACUCCAAGAGAGGACCCUAAUCGACUGCAUUAUGACCCUGCUGAACUCAAGCUCUUUGAAAACAUUGAAUGUGAGUGGCCUGUGUUCUGGACAUAUUUUAUAAUAGAUGGAGUCUUCAAUAGUGAUGCUGUUCAGGUCCAAGAGUACCGAGAGGCCCUAGAGGGAAUACUCAUCAGAGGCAAGAAUGGGAUCCGCCUGGUGCCAGAACUCUACGCUGUCCCGCCUAACAAGGUAGAUGAAGAGUACAAGAACCCUCACACUGUGGACCGAGUUCCUAUGGGGAAGGUGCCUCAUCUGUGGGGCCAAUCUUUGUACAUCCUCAGCUCACUGUUGGCAGAGGGAUUCCUUGCCACUGGUGAAAUCGAUCCCUUAAAUAGAAGAUUUUCCACUUCAGUCAAACCUGAUGUUGUGGUACAAGUUACUGUUUUGGCAGAAAACAAUCACAUUAAGAACUUGUUGAGGAAACACGGGGUGAACGUCCAGAGUAUCGCGGACAUUCAUCCAAUUCGAGUCCAGCCAGGCCGGAUUCUUAGUCACAUAUAUGCCAAGCUUGGACGGAAUAAGAAUAUGAAUUUGAGUGGGCGACCGUAUCGACAUAUUGGUGUCCUUGGAACCUCUAAACUAUAUGUGAUUAGGAACCAAAUCUUUACUUUUACACCCCAGUUCACUGACCAGCAUCACUUCUACCUGGCCCUCGAUAAUGAGAUGAUCGUGGAGAUGCUGAGGAUCGAGCUGGCCUACCUGUGCACCUGCUGGAGGAUGACGGGCAGACCCACGCUCACCUUCCCUAUCAGCCGCACCAUGCUCACAAAUGAUGGUUCAGACAUUCAUUCUGCUGUGCUUUCCACAAUUAGAAAACUAGAGGAUGGGUAUUUUGGAGGAGCCAGAGUAAAAUUGGGGAACCUUUCGGAAUUUCUCACCACAUCGUUCUACACAUAUCUGACUUUCCUGGAUCCAGACUGUGAUGAGAAGUUGUUUGACUAUGACAGCGAAGGGACUUUUAGUCCUGAUAGUGAUUCAGAUUUGGGAGGAUAUCGGGAAGACACCUAUAAUCAAGAAAGCCAAGACGAACUUGACCAGUAUAUCAACCACCUUCUACAGAGCACAUCCUUGAGGUGCUAUCUGCCUCCUCUUCGUAAGAACACAGAAGACCGCCAUGUCUUCAGUGCUAUCCACUCCACGCGGGACAUACUUUCUGUGAUGGCAAAGGCAAAGGGUUUGGAAGUUCCAUUUGUUCCCAUGACUUUGCCGACUAAAGUUCUAAGUGCCCACCGUAAAUCACUGAAUCUUGUCGAUUCUCCUCAGCCACUCCUAGAAAAGGUUCCUGAAAGUGACUUCCAGUGGCCCAGAGAUGACCAUGGUGACGUGGACUGUGAGAAGCUGGUUGAGCAGCUGAAAGAUUGUGCGAACCUACAGGACCAAGCAGACAUUCUGUACAUUCUUUAUGUCAUCAAGGGUCCCAGCUGGGACACAAAUCUCUCUGGACAGCACGGGGUCACCGUUCAAAACCUCCUCAGCGAGCUCUAUGGGAAAGCUGGCUUGAACCAGGAGUGGGGUCUGAUUCGCUACAUCUCAGGCCUGCUCAGGAAGAAAGUGGAGGUCCUGUCCGAGGCCUGCACGGACCUGCUAUCACACCAGAAGCAGCUCACCGUGGGCCUGCCACCCGAGCCCCGGGAGAAGAUCAUCUCUGCGCCCCUUCCGCCGGAGGAGCUCACAAAACUCAUCUACGAGGCCAGCGGGCAGGACAUCAGCAUCGCCGUCCUCACACAGGAGAUUGUGGUUUACCUGGCCAUGUAUGUGAGAGCACAGCCCAGCCUCUUUGUGGAGAUGCUGAGACUCCGGAUUGGACUGAUCAUUCAGGUGAUGGCCACAGAGCUGGCGCGGAGCCUGAACUGCUCAGGAGAAGAGGCUUCUGAAAGUUUAAUGAACCUCAGCCCUUUCGAUAUGAAAAAUCUCCUACACCAUAUUCUAAGUGGGAAAGAGUUUGGUGUUGAAAGAAGCGUGCGCCCUAUCCACUCCUCAACAUCCAGCCCUGCCAUCUCCAUCCACGAGGUGGGCCAUACCGGAGUCACCAAAACCGAGAGGAGUGGCAUUAACAGACUGAGGAGUGAAAUGAAACAGAUGACUAGGCGAUUUAGUGCUGAUGAACAGUUGUUUUCUGUGGGCCAGGCUGCGUCCAGCAGUGCGCAUUCCUCCAAGUCUGCGAGGUCCAGCACCCCAUCCUCACCCACUGGGACAUCAUCCUCAGACUCGGGAGGACAUCACAUCGGCUGGGGGGAGCGGCAGGGCCAGUGGCUGCGCCGGAGAAGGCUGGAUGGGGCCAUCAACAGGGUCCCCGUGGGAUUCUACCAGAAGGUGUGGAAGAUCCUCCAGAAGUGCCACGGUCUCUCCAUCGAUGGUUACGUCCUCCCAUCCUCAACGACCCGAGAGAUGACCCCGCAUGAGAUCAAGUUUGCUGUCCACGUCGAGUCAGUGCUGAACCGCGUGCCCCAGCCCGAGUACCGGCAGCUGUUGGUGGAGGCCAUCAUGGUGCUGACGCUGCUCUCGGACACGGAGAUGACCAGCAUCGGGGGCAUCAUCCACGUGGACCAGAUCGUGCAGAUGGCCAGUCAGCUGUUCUUGCAGGACCAGGUGUCGAUUGGAGCCAUGGACACCCUGGAGAAAGACCAAGCCACGGGAAUCUGCCACUUCUUUUAUGACAGUGCACCGAGUGGGGCUUAUGGGACCAUGACCUACCUGACAAAAGCAGUGGCUUCUCAUCUGCAGGAAUUGUUGCCCAAUUCAGGCUGCCAGAUGCAGUAGGGUCUCGCCUAGAAACAUGACCACACACUGAAUCUGUCACAUGGCCCCUAGCCUUAUUGGGAACCUUCUAUCUCCCCCCCCGCCAAGAUCCCCUGUGCUAUCAGGAAAGCAUGUCCCAUCAAAAACACUCACGGGGGGACGCCGGCAGCACUCACCCUGUGACUGAUGUCUGUUAAAGCCUCAGAGAUAGACAGAGCUGAGGAAUCCUCUGCUCCCCCAGCGAGCGCCUGGGAUCAUUUUCUAGGUUCAUUUCGCUGGAACAUUUGUCGCAGCAUCUGGUCUUACGGACUCUGAGGAGGAAUUGGAAAUUGGUCUCUUUUGAGUGCAGAGGGAACUGAGAAGCCAGCUUAAAUUGGCUCUUGCAGAAAGUUACAGAAAUAGUUUCGAUGAGCUAGUGCCACAUCCUAAGAUGCAAAGAUCCUCUGGAGGCAGCAGCCAGACAAGCAGACCUUGACAAGGGCCACCUCUUCACAGGAUGCAGUCAGUCUGUGCACCAAACUCUUCACCAAAUAGAACGCGUGCGUCUCUGUGGAACUGGGGUUUUCUUGUGCCUUGCUUGCUUUCAUAGCCUUGCGUUGUACUGGCAUGGCUGCCUUCAUGUAGCAUAAUUCUCUAUCCCUAAGACUUAGAAAAUUCCUCUUCAUUCACCUUGGCUCAUGGUCUUAAAGGGUUUUUAUCCUGGCUUCCCAUGAACUGGGGUUUUCUCUUGCCUUAGGAAAAAUCCCGAAUCUUCUGGAAUCUAG